UAUUGUGCCUCCCAGACCGGGAGAGCUCCAAACGAAGAAGCAUGACUCGGGGUGUUUGCUGACAGCUAACCAAUUAACGACCGGCAAGCGCGCUUUCGUCUCCUUAUCCACGGUCCGGGGCGUCGGGCCGGACAUACUCCCUCGCCCAAAUUGUCUCAUCUGCUUGCGCGCGGUUAAGGGUCAAUUACUGUUUCCAGCACGUUCAACUUUGGGAGUUUGUUGCAUCAUGGCCGAUCUUUGCUGAAAAAACCAUCGUAUCCGGAGAACCACCCCGUCUUGACCAGGAGCCACAUUCAAGCUUCGUGUUCAGGCACCUGGCCCAAGAUCCCACGUCCUUCUUCUUGGGCCCCUCACCCCCUGGUGGCUUUUUUUUUGGACCGGGGAUACUUUGUCGUGGUUUCCGCUGUUUCUCUCCCUUCAAAGAUCAGAGCGCAAUCAUCAUUUACCUAAGGCUGAUAAAUGUAUCGCCUGUACUCCGUACUCGCCUAAUACUCAACGUCCAAGGCCUGUGCAUUAUUCUCUUGACAGCAGCCAGCCUUGUCCGCAGGAUUUCAUCCUAGUUGAAGGGACAUGAUCAGAACUGGCCAAUGCAUACUCGGCUUCUUAUACUUUACGGUCGUCAGCUCCCACUAGGAGGAUACGGAGCAAGCUCAUUCUAUACUGAAACUGAAGCAUCGCAUAAUCUAGUGCGUGAACUCGGUGCAGUUGCCAUCUGCUGGCAUACGAAUUUUGGGACGCAAUCUUGUGAUUCGUCCCUUUUUUUCCUGUCCUGAAACCCUUGGGUGUCCAGCCUGAACCACUUGUCAUUCAUGCUAUCGACAUGACGAGCAACAGCCCAGCGCUGAGUGCCUCCCAGCUUCAGGAAAGCCGUGGACCACAGGUCAAUAUCAUUGCUUGGGUGUUUACAGGCAUUGCGAUCAUAAUUGUAGCUCUGAAGCUAUUUACUCGCUCGCAGAUCACGCGGAAGCUAGGAUGGGAUGACUUUUUCAUUUUUUUGUCGCUGGCAUUCAGCAUCAUUGCCGCUGCUUUUGUAUCCUACUCAGUCACCCUGGGGCUUGGUCGACAUACUCAAGUUGUUGUCGAGGAAUUUGGCCCAGAUAGGUUGGUUAAGACCGCUUACUGGCAGAUAUUGGGCUUUCCCUUCAACAUUGGCGCCUUCAGUUUUCCCAACAUCUCGAUUGCAAUCCUUGUUGUCAAUGUGUUGGACAGAAAUCCACUUCGCGCUACUCUUCUGUACAUUAUGGUGAUUGUACAGGUAACCGUUGCCCUUAUUGCGGUCGUCCUUAUUUUCAUGCAAUGCACACCGCGCUCUAUGUUAUGGAAUCCGUACACGCCAGGUGGGAAGUGCUGGUCGCCACAUAUAUUCGACGACUUCAACUACUUUGUCAGCGGGUACACGACAGUUACAGAUAUAGUUUUGGCAGUUGUUCCUGUGUCCGUAUUCUGGAAGCUGCAGAUGCCACUCUCGACUAAGGUGGGCAUUUGCAUUAUGAUGGGGCUAACCCUGUUGAGCGCCAUUGUUACUAUUGUGAAGGCGACAUACCUGCAUCUAUUUACAGAUCGAACAGACCCGCUCUACAAUGUUGUUCCACUCGUUAUCUGGGGCCUGAUCGAGCAGAACGUCGUUCUAGUUGCAGCCUGCAUACCCACCUUGCGGCCUUUCUUCCACAAAGCUUCCUUCCGUUCACGCGCUGCCAUGAGUUCCGACAAGGGACAUUCGAAUUCAGGCUCGUCUUGGAGAUUUUCUUCAAGGAGGAGAGGCCCGCCUUCAUCCGAUUGGGAGAUGACCCUUAGGGACGACAUGAAAGAUGAGUCGCAGGCCAAAGCUAUCGACGUCGAGAGCAACAACAGCCAGCAGGGUAUUUGGCGUGUCAUGGAUUUCAACAUCAGCCAUGGUGACGAGCGAGAAUCAGAACGCGGAGAAAUAGGCAGGAAGAUAAAGGAUAUUGUUCCGCCAAGCUUGAGAAAUUAGACCAAGUCGGCAUACCUCCAUCACACCCAAACUAUACAUGCCGGCACGCCUAGCUGUAAUACACUCAUUUCAGGUAUUGCCACAUUUUACGCUGGUGGCUAUGAGCAGCAGCCUAGAGCGGGAGAGGAGAAAACGAUGGCGGCGAGCUCAGAAGAGCUUUUAGAGGUUCACUUUAUUGAAUACUCUGGUUUUAUCACGUCAGAGCUCGGACAUUUUGACAUCAAAACCUGAUCACCUCUAUCAUUGGAUCAUAUAUGGGUUGUAGAAGAAAUUAUACAUGCUGGCUCCCCGGUAUUGGUUCCAUAGCUUCUACGGAUAAGAAGAUGCGAAAAUUAUUCAGUGUGGGCCUGAUAGCACAGCGUCUUGUCGGUCAAUGAAUAGGUUAGAAAUCACGCGAUACGAAAAAAUAAGUAAACUGAAUUUAUGGCUAUAUGUACAAUCAAAAAGAUAUUUCUAAAAAUUAAUCAAACCUGG